AUGCAGGAUUCGUUCCAAUAUAUCAACAGAAGUGAACUCAUAACGUCGAAAAUAGUCAGUUUCGUCAACAGUAUUUUUCUGUUUGGCUCGAUUUUGGCUUUGUUUGGGGUUGUCCAAAUUUAUAUUUUUUCUGGAUUUAUAGUCCCGUCAGGCGUGGUGUAUAAAAUUGGCUAUUGGUUGCACCAAAUUUGCCACAUUUGUGAGCUCCAUACCAUUUUUCUAGUCUGCAAUGUGCUCACAGUUUUCAAAAUUCGGUACAAAGACUUGAACAAAGCGCUCGAAUCGAGUAAAAUCUCAGUCGGUUUGAUUCGGGACACGGCGGUGCUUUACCGGUUGUUGGCCGACAAUGUCGCCAACUUUAACAAAAUUUUCGGCUGGUCCUUGAUUUUCCUUUUCGGACGAAUCGUGCUACAGUUGUUAUCAUCGCUAGGUUUCCUCCUCUACGCGUCCAAAAAACAAUUCACGUUUGAGGAAACGUUCGCUAUAAUACACCUUUCAGUUUUCGUCUACACUUUGGUUUCUGUUAUUUUGAUUAUAAUGGGCUGCGACGUUGUCGCUUCAAAUAGCCGCAAAACGGCCGAAAUGUGCUACAAACUGCAAGGUUUUUACCCCGAAGAGGCGCCCCAAAGAAAGGAAUUGCUGCGGUUUGCGAGUGAGUCUCGAGGCAGUGUCGCCAAAUUCACAGCGGCCGAUUUUUUCGAAAUUGACAGAGGCACGUUCUUUGGCAUUUUAAGCACUACCACGUCGUAUUUUAUCAUAAUGAUACAAUUUAAUAUGUCGCUGUAA